AUGGUGGAUAUUAUUUUUCCUUCCCCUUUUGGAGGUGCGAUGGGGGACAACACCAAAAAGAAACCCGGGAUCGCCACGUGCGUGGGCUGCGGGAGCGAAAUCCACGACCAGUACAUCCUCAAGGUCUCGCCGGACCUGGAGUGGCACGCGGCGUGUCUGAAGUGCGCGGACUGUAGGCAGUUCCUGGACGAGACGUGUACUUGCUUCGUGCGCGAUGGCAAAACUUACUGUAAAAGAGAUUACAUCAGGCUCUUCGGCAUCAAGUGCGCCAAGUGCGCGGGCGGCUUCAGCAGCAGCGACCUGGUCAUGCGCGCCCGCGACCACGUCUACCACCUGGAGUGCUUCCGAUGCUCCGUCUGCAGCCGGCAGCUCCUGCCCGGGGACGAGUUCUCGCUGCGCGACCACGAGCUGCUCUGCCGCGCCGACCACAGCCUCCUGCUCGACGGCGCCGGCUCGGCCGAGAGCCCCCCACGCAGCCCUGGACACCUGCAGGGCGCCAGGCCGGGACACCUCCAACUCCCAGACGCGGUGCCCGGGCGGCAGCCUUCCCUGCGUCCCCACGUGCACAAGCAGGCGGAGAAGACGACGCGGGUUCGGACGGUGCUGAACGAGAAGCAGCUUCACACGCUGCGCACCUGCUACGCGGCCAACCCGCGGCCGGACGCGCUGAUGAAGGAGCAGCUGGUGGAGAUGACCGGCCUGAGCCCACGCGUGAUCCGCGUCUGGUUCCAGAACAAGCGCUGCAAAGACAAGAAGAAAUCCAUCCUCAUGAAACAGCUGCAGCAACAGCAGCAGCACAGCGACAAGGCAGUAAGUGGGCCAGCCGAGCCGGGCUGA